AUGGUUACAGAAAUGCAGCAUAUGCCCCUAUUAAAAAGGAAAUCUGCCCUUUUACAGCUCCAGAGAAUUGAAAACAAGUUUAGUCAUCAGGAAGAGAGCUACGCCAACGCUUGGCGAGCCAGGAGAAGACUAUGGCAUGAAAGGAGCCCUGGUGACUUUCCAUUUACUGCAAGCCAGGCCCUGCAAGACGGAUCUCUUUCCAGCGAAGGCGAAUGCAGCGGGAGCGGUCCAUGCAGCAGGGGGAAGUCCCACUCUGUGACAUGCAGCCCCGAUACAGCGGAGGUCGGAGGCAUCACUGCUGCAGCCAGGACUUGGGCGGCCCUGUGGAGUCCGUGUGCACCCAGGACUCGGGACAGCGUCGGUGACCAGGAAGAGAGAAGCAGGCAGAGCCUCAUGAGACCGAGGGGGGGUGCUCCUGGCUCCCCACCCCGGCCCCCUGCAUGCGUCCAUCAGUUCUCAGCUGGCCCAGGGACCAUCUGGGGAGAUGCUUCUUUGGACAGGGCACGCCAGCCUGCCACACCCUCCAUCUCCCGGACCAAGAGUCCGGUUGCUCCGGAGCUGGAGGGGCUGAGGAAAAAAUCCCAUGCUGGAAAGCUGCAGCAACUCAAAGAGAGGAUCCGGGAACAGAGGCAGCGGCACUGGGCUCUGACCCAGGGACAGGGGCAGCCGCGCACGGCCUACGCCGGGGACCUGCUGCACGGACAGCCGCCAAAAAGAAAGGUUCGCAAAGUGGCAGCUGCUCCGGCAGCCCCAGUCUACAGAGGGUUUAGUGCCGUGGACCUGCAAGCUGCUCAGUUUCUGCCUGGAAAAGAGAUGGAAAGAUCACAAGUGGCAAAGUUCAUGGACACUGAAUGCUGGAGGGAUUACAACUACAGUCCAGCCCAGAGGGGGCCAAGUGCGACACAGAGGAAAAAGCAAGGACUGACUCCAUCCAAGUCCCCCGUCCCUAAGAAGACACGGAUAAAUAAAGGUUCCAACUCGUUUGGUGCUUUUGCAUGGCGAGAAGGUCAGAAGUUGGCUGCUAAGUUGCUUGGCCCACCUCCUAAAUUCCCGAAAAUGAGGGACGUGCCUGAAGAUGCAACUAGAGAAAAGAACUCGGAACCUGGUAAAGAAUCCAUUGCCACCCUGCAGCAAGGACAGGGCGGGGGAGAUCGGGUGGGGAACAGCCCCGAAGAGAAGAACUGCUGGGUUACGCAGAACGGGUCUUUUGAGACAGACGGCAGCGCUCUAGCUGGAGAGGCCAGACAAAGACGACGGGAUCUGCACACACAAAGCCAAGUUGCUAGCAAGAACCCAAGUGCAAGUCCACAGAGAGAUGCUCAAGAAGGCAAGGCAGGAGACCCGAGACAAUACCUUGGAGUCGGUCCUCUCGCAUCCCCAGGCAGCGGCACAGCUACUCCCAGCUUUCGGGAGGAGAAGUCUAGGUCUUUCCUGAACUCAAGCUACAGCAGAGGGAAAGGCACAUCUCCACGGAGAACCACGGGCUCCAACGGGCCGGCACAGAGAGGAUCCGAGAAGGAAAACCUUCCCCAGCCUCUAAAGAAGAAGGUAAAUGGAGCAAGAUCCCACCCUUACAGCCCAGAAGAAGUUCACGAAUUUAUGCACAGAAAAACUGCAGAGAGGAAGAAGAGGAGCCUAGAAGAGAGGGAGUCUGUAAAGCAGGCCAGGGAGGCGAGAACGAAGAGGCUGCAAGAAGUAUACAGGAAACAACGAGAGGCGUUUGCAAGGAAACCAGGCGUCGAGGAGAGCCACGUCAGACACAGAGGAACCGCUCUGCCUGCGCCGCGUCCUCGGUCUCUGUCCAGCCACGAACGGAGCAACGCUAGAAGCCUGGAAAGGACUUUUGUGGAGUGGGCAGAUACAACAUCACGUGCUUUAUUGGGAAGCGAAGAGCAAGGAAGCAGCAACUUGCGCCUGGAGACGUCACUGGCUACGGCGGACCCGCUAGACUUUUCUCCUUCGCUGGCACCUGAAAGGGGCUUCCUCAGCCCUUUGAAACUCCAAGACCUGGAGCUCAGCCCUUCCCUGCACCAGUGCUCACCUCCCUGGAGCGUUUUCCAUCCGCUGCAAGCUGCAAGGUGUCACCUCAAGGCCUCAGCCUCCGAGGACACUUCUGCUCUCUCUCUUUACAGAGGCAAGCAGGAGAGAGUGAAGGCCAUUCAUGCACUGGCCAGGGCACUGGGGGCCAGGAUUGAGAUUGCAGCAGAGAGGCUGAAGGCAAUGAGCCAUCCUCCAGACUCUGAUGAUGGAGGACUGGCAUGCACAGCUCUGGGACCUCUUGGCAGGUCUCCGCCACGCUCGUGGCACAAGAUGCAGGAAAAGGGUCUGGACAGGAGAGUGAACCCGCUGCUGGGGCUGGAUGACCCACUUUCUAAUGGCUCAUGGCUUUCACCAGACCAGGAGCAGGAUGGAUUGGAUUGGACUAGACAUGCACAUAGUGCUGCAGGAGCAGAAGCCCAGGGAUGGGAGAGGGGGAUACCAGCUCCUUUGUCAGACACUCUUGCUGUUGGAAAGGAGGUGCCAUGGGCCCCUGCGAGGCAGGAACGCUUUGAUGACUGCAAGAUCCUGAGCUGUGCAUGGAAAGGUCUUGCCGAGGCUGAGGGCUAUACAGACACAGACUUGUCACGAGGGGAGCUGAUGACUUCUCCAUCUCACAGGGGCCUGGUGACAAGUCCACGGAGAGCACCAGCAGAGCAAAGGAAUCGCUGCGCAUCCGAGAUUUGGAAAGAGGAAGCCGCUACGUUACUUCCUAAACGAACUCUGGGAGCUUCAACCAGUCGCCGGUCGGGACCCCGCGCUUCUGCAGCCGGCAGGAUCGAGACGCAGGAAAGCUUGGAGAAGGACUUGGGAAGAGGUGAGCCUGCCUGCAGAGAUGCAGAAGAGGGAUAUAGGAGCCAUCUCGAGAGCAUAAAGCAAGCGUCUCAUGUCUUGGCUCUCAAGCUGCAGGCCCAUCAGCUCCAGCAGGAAAGGCAGCUGGCAGUCCUUAGCGAAAAGGCCAAGCUGGAAGCCCAAGAGAGCCAGAGGUCUUUGGAUGAGUUGCUCAAGCACCACGUAGAGGGACUGGAUAGCGCCAGAGCUGACUCUGCCGUCAGAUCAAGAUUCGAACUUGCCAAGCGAGAGCCAAGACGGUGUCGACUUGAAGAUGAUCCCAGAAGAGAGAACGCAGCUGCAGCCAGUACCCCGGGGGGGCAUUCACCAAGGCCUUCUGUGCAGAGGGCAGAGACGGAUGGCAAUACCCAACCAACCACAAAAAGAAGAGCCCCUGGGGAAGCCAACCUAGAUUUCUCCACCCACCGACCAGAGCGUGGGGACUCCUCUCAGGUACAUCCAUCCUUGAAUCCCUUGUCAGCUCUCAUAAGUCUGCCCAAGAGCAAGACACGUGCAGCAGAUGAUUCAGGAGACAGCAGCGAGCAGACGGACUCCAUCAGCCAGUGGAGCGAAGUGAGCCAGUUCUAUGGAGGCUCCAGCACCUUUUCCCAGUUUGGCUUGGCCAUGGCUGAGCAGUACCUGCGUGAAGAAGAGCUGCGAGCCCGGCACCAGGCUGCUCUCCUCCGACUGCGAGACGAAGCCCUGCAGGAGAAAGCCAGGGCUGAACUGGCCUGGCUGCAGUAUCAGGAGUGCUGCUUGGAUAACCUGCGAGACGCUCGGGAAAUGACUGCCAUAGCUGAGCAGCAACGGGAAAUCCUGACCAAGCUAAAACAAGAGCAGGCGGAAAUCCUGCACCUCCGAAAUAUCUAUAGAGCAGCCCAUCGGGAGAGGAAGCUCUUAUUAAAGCAGCAGAGAGACAUCUUGCUGAUGCAGAAGUCAACAGCACAACUCCAGCAAGAGCUGCAUAGCUUGGCUGGGCAGCAACAGUUUAUAAAGAGUCUGGCAGAUGUCAAAGAAGCAAUAAAGAAGGCUGGGAAGAUUUCCAGUCCAACAGCACCCUCCGCCUUGGCAGAAUCAACAGCACAGACCUCAAAAAGGCCUGGCAUGUCGAGAAACAGUCGUGCCCAGAAGAGGAAUAAACAAAGUGGGCCAUGUCAGGGCCACCAUAUUGAGAGAGAGAGAACUUCACUAGGAUACAGGAAUCAAGCUGAGGAGCCCCAGAGGUGGCAACGGACAUUUGGUGCAGAUCCCAAGGCGCCUGGAAAAGGAGUUAAGAAAUCAUGCGAUGCAGUGAAUCAAACCAUAGGCCCAGUCUUAAUGGAUGAAGACCUUAAAGAUGCAGAGCCGGGUGAUAGGAGUCAGGUUCUCUUACAUCUAGAAGAUGGAGAUUCAGCUGAAAUGGAUAAAGCUACAUUCAUUCCUGGGCCAGGAGGAGACGAACGCUAUGAGUUUCUCGAAUCCAAUCCGGAGGAAAAGGAGCAUAUUUCAAAUGCAGGACUUGACCCUAAAGACAAUAAAGCUAUUAAUUCACACGACAGUGAGUUUACAAUGAACGGUUUGGGGAUGCUUUCCACUUUGUGUAACUUAUGCCUUGCUCGAGUAGAAAAUUCUCUUCAAGAAACAGAUGUUCCAGUCAUCAAAGAAGAAAAAAAGGACGUGUUUGCAGCACGUGAGGAAACUCCUGCCGGUGAAGGGGAGGGGUGGGCUGAGCCUUUCUGUGACAGUCCUCAUAAUCUCCUCGGCGAAGGGAAGGGUUUGAAAUCGUGUUCAGAGAGACUAGGCUCUGCUGCCUCAUCCACUAAAUCGCAGGACUCAUCUCAAAGUGGCAAGAGUAACAAAUCCUGCCAUUCCCUCCCAGAGUUUCAGAAAGUAUCCGCUGUUCGGAUCAACAUUUCUGAAAGCUUUGCUUCAGCGUCUGAGUUUGGAGCUGAGGAUGGACAGGACACCGAUGUCAGCAUCCCUGAGGAGUUUGCCAUGCAAGACGACGAGGAUGUUGACGUGUUUUCCAACCCUUCGACCAAGAUGCGCGCAGUGCUAGGUGACGGAAAUGAAUUAUUAUCCGAUGACAAAUGUGAUGAACAAGUGCUCCCUGAUGAGACUUUGCUGCUUUUUCAUGGCUCUGGGAAAUAUCUUGGAGUUGUUCCAGGAUGUGACCGUAUUCACAAAUCACAUCCCGACACCCCCUUGAACAAUGGAAAUUCACAGCCAAGCAUCUCAAAGACAGAAGAGCCAUUUCCCCUCUGGUCUGAUGACCUUGCCAUUCGGAAAUGCAGACCACAUAUGGACACCUCGACUCCAUCGUCCUACUCCGAAAACUGCAAUUUAAACAAGGUCUCCACUCCAGGAAAAUCUGAGCAGGACCCAGAUUCAUUUAACUCCUUGUUGCACAGCAAUGCCGUUUGGGGGGUAAGGAAGAGCUUUGGACUGCAGGGCUCCAGCUCCACAACCAUCCAAGUGGAAAAAGAUGGCAGAGAUGAUGAUUUAUCUGUUGAUCAGAGUAAGACGGAGCUCUUAAGGUGCCAUGAAAUAGGUUCCUCGAAACAUCUCAGCGAGGUUGCUGUUGGUAAGAGGGUAUCACUUCCACCUAAAAAAUCGAUAACAGAUGAUGAAAGGUCCUCACUUCCUAUAGCAUCCCCUGUAGUCUCCAGAGACUCAGCAGUUUUGGAAGGUGAAGCUAUUGAUGCAGAACUUUUAGGUGACCGACCUGUAUCCAGCAACCCAACUGAAACUGCAUCUGCACGCACCCGUGCUGAAGAGGUCCCUGUGGAAGCUGCAGUCAGGUUGUCUGAUGCUGAAACAUUGCAAAGGGCAAGUGUGGAAAAUCAGAAAAGCCCAGCAACAGGAAGUCAGACCCCCAAACCCGCACUGUCUUCUGUCUCCUCCAACCAGCAGUCAUCUCGAGCUACGCGCUGUCAUUCUGAGUGCAAAGAUGAUGUGACAUUUGUCAGUGAUGAUGAGGUUCUGCCUCCAAUUGAUGAAGACACCCUGUCAGAAAUCCUCUCUCCGGUUGAUGAAGUGCUGUCCUAUGGAAGUAUUGACUUGCCAUCAUCCAAUAAAAAGGAUUUCUCAUUUCAGAGUCACGAUUUACCCGCACCUCCCAUAGAUGUGGGUGGGAUAAAAAGUGACAGUGUUAGCUUCAGCACAGAAGACUUCCCUUCCCCACCAGAACAACUGCAACUCUCGGAGACUAGAGAUAAUACAGAUGCAGAUGUGUCAGUAAUACAGGAUCAGUUAUGCUCGCUGCCUGAUGAAGAAGUGCGCCCACCAUCUCCAGAGUUAGGUGGUGAUGUUUCAGUUCAGGAUAGAAAAUGUUUAGGACUUUCUUGGGGUAAAGAAAACGCUUCAGAUAGAAGGGAGGAGUUAUUGGAACAGGCAGGAGGAGAAAACAAGAGCGUGCUGCAGCAGUCGGGUUUAUCAUUGGUAUCCAAUCCUAUUUUGUCAAGUCACGUCAAUAAAAGCACUGAAUGCUUAAAGAAGCCAAGCAAACCUUUCUUAACACUAGCCACAGCUCAAGAGGAGGCCGAUGACCCAUUAUUAUCAUUUGAAGUUGGAAACAGAGUAUUAGUAAAGUAUGCCCAGCCAGGCACUUUGAUGUUCAAAGGAUAUACCAACUUUGAUAAAGGUUAUUGGGCUGGUGUGGCACUUGACAAACCUGAAGGUGACCACGAUGGAACUUACAGAGGAGUGAAAUAUUUUGCGUGCGCUAAAGGUUGUGGUGUAUUUGUCAGACCUGACCAAAUUUCACAUCUCUUGGAAGAUAGUGAAUGUAGUUGUGAUUACACUGGGGAUGAAGAUUCAUUCUCUGAUAGCGAUGCUCCAUCCAAAGGGGCCAGUCAUUCUGCAGACAAUGACCAAAAGAGGACAGGAUAUAUGGAAGAGGAAUUGGAAGAUGUUUGCAGUACAGAAGGUCCAGCAUCAAAAGAAAACAAGUCUAGAUCACACACGUCCUCCUCAUCAGUAAUAAAUCAUGAGUCUCUUAGCUGGAAGAACAGUGAAUUCACCCUUCAAACUUGUUCAGCAGGUUUUGAAUCUGAUAAGGAAACAACAGAACAAAUGGAAAUAAAACAGACCUUUGCAGAUGUGCUUCCAGUGAGAAAUAAGGACAGCCUCACAGGGCAAGCUGGCUUCAGCAGAAAUAUUAGCUGCUUACUGCAGGAUCAAGAGAAAAAUAAACGGGCUGAUUAUAUCUCUAGUGAACUCACUACAAAACUUCUGCUUGACACUUCAAUUGCAUUCUCUGCAACAGCUGAACACAAAUAUAAAAGUGUCUGUGAAAGAAAAAUAAGAAAAGAUGGCUUUGAAAAAGUAGACAGUGGGAAAAGGUUGCUUUUUAAGAAGAAUCACACUGAUAGCUUAUCUGAACAAUCAGCUGCAGUUUCUGAUAUCUUAUUGUGCAACUUUGAUAUGCUUAAUAGUCACGGCCCUCGCACAGCACAAACCAUAGUAGAAAAAAUUAUAACUAAAUUUGUAGAUGAUGCCCUGAAAGAAUAUAGGAAGAUUAAAAGGAAACAAGGAGGAAAAGCAGAUGAGCUAUGUCACGGAUCUGCUGAGACCGCUCAAGCCACAUUGCCAUUCCUUAUAAAAAUCCUUGAUGCUGGUGUUUUUGGAAGUGUGGAAGGCUUGGAUCAGCUCAUUUCUGUCCAACCUACCCAGGAGCUAAAACUUCAGAGACAAAACCUGUACGGAUUAGAUCAGUGGCAUUCUGCUCCUUGGAAGAAGACAGUGGAGGUUCCUCUGCUGGUCCCACAUAACAGGUCCUAUGUUAAGACACUUUCGGCACGUGCUGUAGAGGAAUUAUGGACUCUUGAAAACAUAUAUACAAACUGCAAGAGGAUCAAUGUGCCAAAGGCUUUUAAAGAUCAUGACAUCUCAGAUGAUGAUUUGGAAGCAGAAAGCAAAAGGAUAUAUAAUCAGAUUAUAUUUGACUUGACUCGGGAGCUGUUGCAAGAAGAAUAUGCAGUAGCAGGGAAUUCAAACACUUGUCCGUGGCUCAAAGAAAACCUGGGUUCCCGUUGCUCCAGACGUCUUCAGAGGAAGCCAGAUGUCAAUGAAGUCAAGUCUAUUAUUCAGGGAGAAAUUAUAAAGAUAAUGAACUUUGAGAAGAAUGACUUGGAGAUGAAGAGGAAACUCCUUAAUAUGACAAAGUAUGGAAACUGUAAAAGGGACAGAGUGGACUUGAUUCUGAUCCAGGAACUCCACAAAGAAGAAUCUCAGUGGAUUUACUACGACGAUGAUGAAUUGACUGUGAAGAGGAGACUAAGUGAUGACAUUUUUGACAACUUGAUCCUUGAUACAGUCCGAGUUCUUAAUGAGAUCUACCUAAGAAGAACUUGUGAUUAGGAGUUUUGCUUAGCAGCCUGCGAGGGCGGAGGCUUAAAAUGCUCUGAUCUGAGGGCAAAAAGACCCACAACCAUGCACUGAUGAAUUUUCAUUCUGAAAGGUGAACCUAAGCUCAGGGUGCUGCUGGUCUAAGUUACAGAUUUUUAUGCGCUAUGAGAACAGAGCAAACAAGUGACUUGAGGAUGAAAAAAAUCAACUAAAAAGUUGCAGCGAUCCCACGUGAGCUUAAAACUUAGGGCUCUUCUCAGACGGGUGUCACACAAUCUAAAUUCUCCUCUAGUGACUAAAGUUUUACUCUGGUUUUUAUUUAUCUGUACUUUGAUGGAGUCAGCACUUUAUUCGCAUAUGCAUUUUUAAUAGCACAAUCGGUGUUAAAAAAUUGCCUAUUACUAACCUAUAAAUUAUAUAUAAACAAGGUUCAAAAACAAUUUAUCUGCAAAUAAACUUAUUCUUUGUUGUUGCAUUUAGAUUGGGCACGAUGCCUUGUGAAUUGUACAUUAAAAGCUUUGCAAAAUGGAGAACAAAUAUAUGUGCCUAUGUUUAUAAUAUACACUGUGCAUAUGUAAUAAUACUCACAGGUAUUUAAGUUGCUGCCGCUCUUGGGAUCAGCUUCCUUGGGAGAAGGGA